AUCAGUACAAAGCAAAGCAUACCAAGUAAUGGUAUGAUUUGUAUGACGAUAGGAUGAAAUAUAAAAUAUUUUUAUUAAUUUUCAUAAAUAAUGAGUCAUGUAUACUUUGAAUAAUUUUUUACAAUUACUGACUAUUUAUUUUCUUUACUUAUUUACUAAUUAAACUUUUGGAGUGUUUUCAUUGUGUUGAAUGUAAAAUUUUAUCUAUGAGUUUAUCAAGUUUAACAUAAACAAUCAGGUGUAUGGAAUUUAUAAAUUUUGAACUUAACAGUGGAGAUGCAUUCAUCACGUACACCAAGGAAAUUUCCUGUUUUUGUAUUUCCUCAGAGUAUUACUUUUUAUUUAGAUGAUCAGUCAACACAUAAACAAGUGUUAACACUUUAUAAUCCUUAUGAAUUUCCAGUUAAAUUUAAAGUGCUAAGUACUGCUCCAAAUAAAUAUAAAGUAGUUGAUCCUGAAGGAACAAUUAAGUCAAGAUGCUGUGUGGAUAUUGUUGUAAGACACACGGCUUUACUAGUUGCCAAUUGCAAUGUGGUAGAUAAAUUUAGGAUUCAAAUGCAAGAACAUCCUACAAAACAAGUAAUAGGAAAACGAGAUGUCGAAGCAAAACUAUUAUCUGGAGCCAGUGAUCCGGGAAGACGUACUCCAGAUCCUGAGAUGUUUCAACAAUUACCUCUUAAUGAAACUAGACAACAAAGAAAUUAUUCAUUAGCUUCUCAAGCACGGACAAUAGAAAGAGGAACGAAUUAUAUAGCACUCAUUGCGGGAAUUGUCUGUAUCAUCGGGUUACUGUUACCUACCGAAGGAGAACAAAGUCUAAGCAUACCUGAAUAUCUUUAUCUAUCAGUUAAUUUCAAACUUAUAUUGUCUUUUGUAUUAGGAUUGGUUACAAUCAUAAUUUUGAGAUUGUAAUCGCUUGCAAAGAUUUCAUGGAAAAAAUUUUUACAUAAUUUAAAACUUUAACGUAAUUAACGAGAAAAACGCACAACAUACGUAAGAAUUGUUUCAAGUGAUAUUACGUAGUUUUUUUCUUUUUUCGACAUAACACAGUUGUUUUCUUUUCCAACGCAAGUCUGUGAAAAUAUAUUGAUAGAAUUUUACGUCGUUUUCCUUUCACUCUUUUGAAUACAUAAUAACUAUGAAUGGAAUAUUUUUUUAUUUAUCACAUAAAAAAACGCUUAUUAAUUUAAUACAGAUCGUCGUGGUAUGCUAUAUUUACUCUAUUUUGUAAAUAUUUUUGAAUAAUUAAUUCUGACAUACAUAAAGUUUAUGUAAGGGACUUUUAUCUGUAAUUUAAUCUUUGAUGAAGAUGUCACUAAAGAAUGAUAACUGAUAGAAUACUAUCUUGUGUGUCAUGAAAUUCGUAAAUUAAGUUACAUAUUACUCCUAAAAGUACGAAAAUCAUAAUAAAAUAAAGAAAAUUUAUAAAAUACAUAUUUUUUUUUAUA